AUGGAAAGAGCGGAACGGCAGCUAAGGGAUAGAGCACAGAGCAGACCCGGAAAGCAGCCUCUACAGAGCGAGCACAUGUAAGGAUCCCAGGCUGCAGGAGGCCAACAUCAGUACCAUGGACAGCUGCAUUAUGGGGACAAGGCAGGUCUGAACUGGAGGAGGAGGGAGAGUCUGGGAGAUGCCAAAGCGUUGUCAUAAGAACAAACUGAAGAAAGGAAAAAAUGGUUUAUUUUGUAAGAGACAAUAACUGGAGCUAUGGUUUAGCCCAGUGACGGGGAAUACACCUAUCAGUGUGGAUUGGAAACUGCAGGGUUUUUUUUAUGAAAGGAGAAGACUGAGGCUUUGAAUAGAAACCCAAGAGACUGCCAGACCCUGUGAGUGGGAGGAAUACGGUGUAUAGCACUGUCACAUUCUGCUGGGAGCAGCCGGAGUGGGGGUUACAGUGAAUCACAGUGAGAAGAUACAACAAGGGACGGAGCUGGGAGCUGCCUGUGCCUGGAGAAGAGAUAAUCAGAGGUGGCAUUAGAAAAGUAGCCUCUAGCCUUGCCAAAAAGGAGCAAAAGAACCAAGACAUGCCAGCUGCAAGCAAGGAAACACUGUGACUGUCCCUGCAGCUCUGGGUCAUCCUCUGCUGUCUGCACCCUGCCAGCAAUUAAGCAGCUGGCCCUGUAAUGCUGCUGUGGUUUUGCCUUCCUGACAAUGCCCCAGAGUCCUGUGUCAAGCGAGGAGGAGAGGAGGAGCAUCUCCAGGUACCCUGGGGAAGAAUCAGACUCAGACAGUUCCAGAGAGGACCCUGUCCCUGGAGGAAAAAACAAUCCAACUUCUGGCACCAGCAAUAUUGUCCCUAAGCCUAUUUCAUUAUCUUCAGUAGCUGCAAGAAGAAUAAAAGAAAGAUCCAUGUCGGUUCCAGACGACGCCCAUUUCAGCAUGAUGGUCUUCCGUAUUGGAAUUCCUGACCUGCAUCAAACAAAAUGUCUUCGAUUCAAUCCAGAUGCUACAAUCUGGGUUGCGAAGCAGCAGAUACUGUGCACAUUGAACGAGAGCCUGAAAGAUGUUCUGAACUAUGGUCUCUUCCAACCAGCGACCAAUGGGAGAGAUGCUAAGUUUCUUGAGGAGGAGAGACUCCUUCGGGAAUACCCCCAAUCAUUUGAGAAAGGGGUUCCAUAUUUGGAGUUCCGUUUUAAGACAAGAGUUUACAAACAGACCAAUCUCGAUGAGAAGCAGCUAGCCAAGCUUCACACCAAGGCUGGUCUGAAGAAGUUCUUGGAGUAUGUGCAGCACGGUUCUGCUGAGAAAGUGGCCCGCUUGCUAGACAAAGGCCUAGAUCCCAACUAUCAUGAUUCCGAAACUGGAGAGACCCCCUUGACACUAGCUUCUCAGCUUGAGGGAACUGUGGAUGUCAUUAGGAUGCUGUGCCUCGGAGGUGCCCACAUCGACUUCCGAUCUCGGGAUGGCAUGACUUCUUUGCACAAGGCUGUUUGCUCCCGCAACUACAAUGCCCUAAUGACCCUGUUAGACCUGGGUGGUUCCCCAAAUCACAAGGACCGCCGAGGCUUGACUCCGCUUUACCAUACUGCUAUGGUUGGAGGUGAUCCCCGGUGCUGUGAAUUGCUGCUCUAUAACCGAGCUUUUAUUGGUACGACGGAUGAAAACGGCUGGCAGGAGAUCCACCAGGCUUGCCAACAUGGACACUCGCAACAUCUGGAGCAUCUGCUGUUUUAUGGUGCUGAUCCUGCUUCCCAGAAUGCUUCAGGGAACACUGCGAUGCAUAUCUGUGCCCUGUACAACAAGGAAAGCUGUGCUCGAAUUCUGCUCUAUCGGGGUGCUAGUAAAGACAUCAAAAACCACAGUGGGCAGACCCCAUUUCAGGUUGCGGUUAUUUCAGGAAAUUUUGAGCUGGGGGAGUUAAUAAAGAGCCACAGAGACAGUGAUGUUGUACCCUUCCAGGAAUCUCCAUCCUAUGCCAUGCAUCGCAAGGAAGGGGGCAAAGCACUGUCGGUGCCCCGCGUUCUCCAUCGAGCAAACAGUGACAACAGCCUCUCACUGCCUGAAUGGAUGGUCUUCUCAGCAUCUACUGCCAACACUGUCACUUUACAGGGACAAAAGGCCUCAGGGGGAACUCUCCGCAGCUCCAGUAGCCCACGUGGUGCACGAAGCCGGUCACCUUCAAGAGGCCGACACACAGAGGAAUCCAAGAAGCAGCCACGUGGAAGACCCAGUUCCAGUGGUUCUACCAAAGAGCCCCCUGCAAGUGCGACGGCCAAUCAUCGCUCCAAGCGCAAGUUGUACUCGGCAGUGCCAGGACGCACGUUUGUGGCGGUGAAACCUUAUCAGUCGCAAGGAGAAGGAGAGAUAUCCCUCAGCAAAGGAGAAAAGGUCAAAGUUCUAAGUGUGGGAGAAGGAGGAUUCUGGGAAGGAAAUGCCAAAGGUCGCACCGGCUGGUUCCCAUCAGACUGUGUAGAAGAAAUAGCCACAAAACCACAGGAAGGAAAACAAGAGAGUCGGAGCGAUAAAGCCAAGCGUUUAUUUAGACAUUACACGGUUGGAUCCUAUGACAGCUUCGAUGCCCCCAGUGACUACAUCAUCAAAGAAAAGACUGUGCUGUUGCAGAAGAAAGACAGUGAAGGAUUUGGCUUUGUGUUGAGAGGAGCAAAGGCGCAAACCCCCAUUGAAGAGUUCACUCCAACGCCUGCAUUUCCAGCCCUGCAGUACCUGGAAAGUGUGGAUGAAGGAGGAGUGGCCUGGAGGGCAGGUCUUAGAAUGGGGGACUUUUUAAUCGAGGUGAAUGGUCAGAAUGUGGUGAAAGUAGGACAUCGACAGGUUGUUAAUAUGAUCCGGCAAGGAGGAAACAGUCUAAUGGUCAAAGUAGUGAUGGUAACCAGGAACCCUGAAAUGGAAGAUGCCAUGAGAAAGAAAGUGCCACAGCAGACAAAACGAGUUACACCACCUGCAAUUUCACUUCGGUCAAAAUCCAUGACUUCGGAGCUAGAAGAAAUGGUCGAAAAAGUUUCACCCUGGAAAAAGAAAAAUGAUUAUGAACCAGUCCAGAAUACAGAGAAGAAAAGAACGGUGUACCAAAUGGCACUAAAUAAACUGGAUGAAAUCUUGGCUGCUGCCCAGCAGACAAUCAGUGUCAAUGAGAGCUCUAAUCCAGGGACUUUGGCUUCAAUGGGUGUGUCCAGGGCUGCUGGAAAGGGAUUUUCCCCCUCAGAGCCAAAUUUUGGGCAACAUAGAGUACCAAGCGCCCAGUCUAUGUACGAGAGAUCUUUCCUUGCCUCUAACCCCUCACAGGCCAUGAUGCUACGACAAAAAUCCAUUGGAGCCGUCGAAGACGAUAAGCCAUUCUUGUCUACACCAUCGAUGAAGCUCAACCGCAGUCUCUCUGUUCCUAGUUCUGAAGACAUUCCUCCGCCUCCUACAACUUCUGCCCCUGAACCCCCAUAUAAUACUGCCCCCUCACCUUCACCAAGAGUUAGUCCAGUGAUCAAAUCAAACUUUAAUCAGAGCGGAGAUGUAAGAGAUGUAAAGAUGUACUCCCCAUCUAUGCGCCACGAUACAAGUCUGUUUGACCAGCAAAUGAUGGAGGCUUCACAGAGAAGUGAGAAAAUGCAGCUUUACCACCAAGACUCUGACCAAGGAAAUGAAGAACAGAUUCGCAUGGGCAUGGCCACACCAGCAAAUAUGAGAAGCUGGAGGUCACAGGCACAAGAAAUCCGUUACUUUAAUCUUCCUGCCAGAGCAGCCAGUACGGCAAUGUAUGUACCACCAAAAGCAAUGCGGCAGAAACUAGUAAAACAGGUUAAAGUGGAAAAUGAACAAUUAGAACAGCAACAACAACAGUUGCAACAGCAACUGAAACAGCAGCAAUACCAGUCACGUCACCAGCAGCAGCAGCAGGCCACAAAGUCUCAUGAAAAAAGCUCUAUUCCUAUUCCCACCAUUAUUAUUAAAGCUCCCUCAACUAGUAGUAGUGGGCGGAGCAGUCAAGGUAGUAGCAUGGAGGCAGAAAACCAACCAGAUCCUGUCCCCAUUCCAACUCUACCCCCAAGUGAUAAUAUAGAUUUUACUAGUCGCUUUGGAGCAGCAAUUGUUGGUGCAGCACGGCGGGAUCGUGAAUGGUUUAAUGAGGCCCGACGAAAGUCAGCACUCUUUCUUUCCACAGAUGAAGAUACAGAACCCACGCCUGCUCCACGACUAAAGCAUUCCAAAUCUAUUGAUGAGGGUAUGUUUUCUAGUGAACCAUAUAUGCACUUAAACACCUCAGCAAAUUAUGGACUUCCUGUAAACAGAGACAUUAAUAGCGGAUACGCCUAUCAGCCCAAAACAGGCAAGUCAUAUGGUUCUAGCACAACCAGCGCUUUUAGCACAGUAUGUUCUCCUUUUAUACCCCAGCUGCAGUCUAGUUCUAGUCCACUAACAAUGUCAAAUGUGAAUCCAGCGGGGGGAGUAGUAACCCCGCUAAUCCAUCCCUUAACAGGAAAAAUUCUAGAUCCUAAUUCUCCACUUGGUCUUGCUUUGGCAGCAAGAGAAAGAGCUUUAAAAGAGUCUCAACAGCAUUGUAGAAAUGAAAUAGAAGUGAGAAAAUCUCGUCCAUGCUCACCUAGGUUUGUGGAGCAGCAAAAGUCACCAAUUGGUUCUCCCAGCAGCCCCACACAUCGGCUUUGGGAUUCAGGAUCUGUUCGAAAAAAGGAGAUUGAUUACAAGUCUUGCAUGAUGACUCCUGGAGGGGAGAGAAAGUCACAUGAGAACUCUGGACACCGAUCCCCUGCUCUUUUGUUACUGCAAGGUGUUGAACAAGGUAAAGCUUGGGAGAAAAGGGCUGAAGGUCAAGAAAAGAUAGAGCUUCAUGUGCGUUUCAUGGAGAACUCCACUCACAAAGAUGAAGAAGAACACAGUAAGAUAGCCAUGGUCAAAGAAGUAAAAAAUGAAAGACCUCCAUCAAACCCCACAGUUAACCACCCUGCAGUAUCCAGCAUAAACUGUGUGACAAAUGAAUCCAGUUCCAAAGAGAAUGGCCUUCCCUUGUUAGUUUUGCCGCCACCAACUCCAUCUAUUGAUGUUGAUGAUGAUUUUCUGUUUACAGAACCUCUCCCACCACCCAUAGAAUUUUCAAACAGCUUUGACAAACCUGACUCCCCUCUAGGAGCAUCUAGUGGAGUAAACACACUCCCACCACCUCUGCCUCCUCUCCCUCCUGACUUGGGCAAUACCACUGCAUUAGACUCUACAACUUCAAGCCUCACUUCUUAUGAUAGCGAAGUAGCGAACUUAACCCAGGGGACACCAGAACUCAAAGAACCUCAUGUUAAUUUUUCAUCUGUUGUUUCAUCCAUUCAAAUACCAGCUUCAGACACCAUAGAAACUGUGACUGACUCUGGCAUUGAAGAGAUUGACAGUCGAAGUAGCAGUGACCACCAUCUUGAAACUAUUAGUAGCGUAUCUACAUUAUCAAGCAUGUCAGGUCUGUCAACAGAAGGAACUGAACUUUUGGACACAUACAUAACUUAUCUGGAUGGGCAAGCAUUUGGUUCUGAAAAAGCUGUCCUUCAAAACAAGAUCAGGUCUCGGACAUUCCCAAGCAGAACCCCUGGGCUACUCAGGGAUCCCAUAACUGCCACAAGUACCACCAUAUCAAUUGCCCCCUGCACAGAGAAUGUCUUUACUCUUACUCCCUCACAGGGGGCAUCACUUAUUGCCCCUUCAGAAUCCACCAAGGACACCCAACGUAAAUCCCCCACUCUUCCAUGGGAGGACUUCUCUCAGGAGAAAACAUCUCCUGUCUCAGUUGGUAAGCCUACCAUGAUCACAGAAUUAAGCUCAAAACUCCAUCAUAUGAGUGGUGUUUCAUGGUCCAGGUCUUCGGAAUCUGCUGUGGCUUUUACACCAGAGCGACCCUCUUCCUUGCAAAGGCACAGGAUAGUUGAUGAUUCUUCUGGAUCCUUGAUUUCUUCGAAACCAGUAAGCAGUAUGUAUCACAACUGGCCCAAGUCUCCCCAACCGCCUUCAAAGCAUCCCAAAAGUGUGGACUUUGAUAUUCGCCCUUCACUGAGACGAUCACCAAGCCCUUCAGCUUUACCCACGGAACACAAAAUAAGCCCAACACCCCGCCCUUCUUCUCUCCCAAUUCUGCCUUCAGCCCCUGUUUACACAGGAGUUUAUGACCUGAGAGGCUCCCCAACAGCUGGAGGUGAGUCCUUUCCCAGCUUCCAAACAGGCAGUCGGUCUCUCUCCCCAACACAUUUUAUUCUACCCCCUACAGAGAAGCCCUUUGCUUCCAAGCCUGUUCACUUCUGGACAAAAUUUGAUGUAGCCGAUUGGUUGAACUAUUUAAACCUUGGUGAACACCGAGAACAUUUCCUAGACAAUGAAAUUGAUGGUAGUCACUUACCUUCUUUAACCAAGGAGGACUACAUUGACCUGGGGGUGACCAGGGUUGGCCAUCGAAUGAACAUUGAACGUGCUCUAAAAUUCUUCAUAGAGAGGUGAUCUGAAAAUAGAAUCUUUUGAUUCAUAGUGCUUACAUUUCCGCAUUCAUCUAUUUUUCCUAACCUAAAGCAGUUCGACAUAGUGUCCAAAGGGAGGCUUAUCUGAAUGUAAUAUGAGAGUAAAUGAAGAGCAAAAACUAACAAAAAAAAUCAAAGACUAUAUAAAUUAUUAUUAUAUAU